AAAAUAUAAGGCAAAAUUAAAGUGGGCAUGAAGGAAGAGAGCAAUAAUCAUUUUUAUUUUGGUUUACUUGCCUUUUUUAUCAAUCUUUUAAAAAGAUAAUUACUUUUUAUGCACAAUUCUUUAUUUGUUAGAGAUUAGUAUUAUUAUGGAUCUAUUUUUAUUUUAUUUUUCUCCGGAUCUAGAUUCUGUUCCAGAUUAAUUUCUUAGGAUUCGAGUGUUCCUUUGAUCUAGAUUCUGGGUGUCAUGUUUAAGUCACUUUUCUUUUCGCAAAUUGUAUGAUGGAGAUGAUAUUACAUGUAUCGGCUUGGAUUCUGGUUCAUAUGUUAAUCUCGUCGUUUGUUUCUUUUACAUCUUAAUCUCGUCGUUUGAUUCUGGGAGCAUUGCUUGUUAGAAAAGGUGUUAUUAAGAAGAAGAGAUGAAAAGUCGACCACAAAGAUACUACCCUACCAACUAUGACAAGACUACUUUGUGCAAGACCAUUGGAAAAUCUGUAUCAGUUGAAACACGGGAUGGUUCAUCUAUUUUUGGUGGAGAUCACUCAGGUCUUCAUUAUGCUUCUACUAGCAGUGAUUCAGAUGCUGAAGAUAAUGGAGGAUUACGUUUGAAAGAAUCUAAAAGAGAGAGAGCAACCGAACGCACUGCACAUUCCUUACAGUCCACAAAGAAAAGCAACGAGAGAAGAACCAUGCAUCGGCAGCAGGAAAAUCACAGGACUCUGAAUAAGGAGAACAAUGCCAUGAAGCAGCAGCAGCAGAAACGGUAUUGCGAGAAGGAGAAUAAGCGCCCAUCAAACCAUAAUGUCCUAAGUAAGGUGACUAAUGUCCUAACUUCUCACAUGACUUCAAAAACGAGCAACAAAGAAGGAACCAAGAAGAAGAAGCUGCCCUGUCAGGAGCCUAAUCCCGGUACCUUCUUCCAGUCUACUUCAGUAACAAAUUGUAGCUCCGAUCCAGAUGUUGAUUCUGAGGAUAAUAGGGAGUUGUGUUUCCGAGAAAGCAAAAAUGAAGAGGUGAAAAAAGGUCCUGCACGUUUUAGCUCCUUAGUUGCCUUACUGCCCACAAGCAAAAGCAAGAACAAAGAUAUGCAAAAGCAGAGUGCCAAUAUCAGUUACAUCCCCUGUGGCCCCUCGAGCGUUGAUGUCUUUCUUUCUUGUAUUACUUCAAAGAUGAGUAUCAAAGAGGAGACUGGGAAGCACCACUGGGAAGCUUCCUGGUAUCAAGGAAUUGGAAAGCCAAACUCAAUGUAUGGCCCUCAUGAGAUGAAAUACUGGGUUACUGUAGAUGGUUACUUUAUAAAGGAAAUAAUAGGUGGAUAUGGAGCUAUUAUUCGCGACGACCGUGGUAAACCCAUUGUUGCUUUUUUCUGGGAUUUCUGUAGUUCCAGUUUCAGACCUUCAUCACAAGUUGCAGGGUGUGGUACAAGGUUUGAAGCUCGCAUUGAAGUAUGAUCUUCUUGAUAUCGAACUCGGUUGCAAUUCAAAACGUGUUGCUAACAUUGUUAUGAGGAUUCUUGAUACAAUAAAUGGAUGUGGUAUUCAUGGUGUUGAAGAAUGUUCUUUUGAUGUUAUUUGUGGGAGAUGUGUGAAGGAUCUUACCACUUCAGAUGAGUAUCACACUGUGUUCCCUCUCUUAAGGAAAAUUGGAAAGAUGUAUCAUCAAUUUCCUUUGAUGCCGGCAAUCAGCAGUAUCUCAACAGAACUCAACAGAUCAGCAAAUUUUCUGGCUAAGCUUGGUUUACAUGACAGUGAGAUGAAUCCAUGCCAAUUUCCCAAGGACUUGAAAAAAAUUCUUGUUGAAGAUUUUAUUGGCUCUUGUCAGCACGGGUUGCCUUCUCUUCCAUAGAGUUUCUAUGUUCACUUUUGGGUUUUGUCUGGAUUUGUUAGCUGAUACACCUUUCACUUUUGCUGAUUAUGCUGCGUGAACCUCUACCUGUAUGAAGAGGCCAACUUUUUGCAAAUUGCAGGCUGUGCUAGAGUUUCGAAAAUGCUUGUCAGCAGUACGAGCAGAAGAGUGUCUGGCUAAGCUUCCCUGUCCUGCCAUUGUACUUAUGUGUUUACUCUUUAGUUAUCUGGUGCUUUGAAACUAAUGGAAAUGCUAUUCUACUCUCUA